CCGCCGUGUUCUUCUCAGGCGAGGAGUUUGUUUGCGGUUUUGUUAGGUUUCGUCAGGGAAUUUCGGGCCCGGGCGUGCGCAGGAGGGAGGGAGGGAAUGUGGAGAUCCGAGCUCGAUUUAUGAUCCCCGGGACCAGAAAUUGGCCAUCGAUGCUGGCGUAAAGGCGCCCGCUUUUACCCCCAGUUCCUCCCGUCCCUUUCCGCUCCCGCGCCCGAGAAUUUAUUGCUCCGACGCGCGCCUGUCUCUGCCAGAUUCCCUGACCACCGGAGCUGUUGCCGUUCGCUGGCUCCUCUCGAUUCCCGGAUUAAACUGGGGAACCCAGCCGCAUUCCGCGUGGAAAGCUCCGAGUUCUUGGUGUUUCUCCCCUCCCCGCGGAGAAGACUGCAGAGUGCGGACGCUCCUCGGACAGCUCCCCUUUUUCUUUUGCUUUGUGCCUUCAGAGUUCGUUCUCUGCUCCACAGUUUUCUACAUCGCCUAGGUUACGUCUCGUUCAGCCGCCACAGUUUAUAUCAAAAACAUUUUGAACUCAGCAGCUCGAGUUUUGAACUUCUCAUCAUACCAUGAAGCGUACAAGCAAAGCCGAUCUCCUUUCCAGUUUCCACCCCCUCUCUCUCAUGUGAGCUGUGAUUCCCCGAGCCCGUGCCUGCUAAAUCAUAUAUCUGACGACGGCAAAAGCGCAGCCUUAAAAAGCCUCUCUCGCCGCCUGCAAAGAUUCCUUUGGAUGGUAAUCAUGGCCAUGAGUUGCUAAACCCGAUCCAAUGCACUCUGCAUCAUGUUACCCCCUGUUCGCUGCUGCUAACAUUUUCCACUUUUCCAACUUGCCCCCUCCUGUCGCCAGGCACAGUCGUUUAUCGCUUCGUUCCACGCGCCAUUUUGCCAUCUUCUCUCGGUUUUGAACAAGAACAGGGCCAUCGACUGUGCUCGUGUGGCCUACCAACGCCUGCGAAAAACCCAGCCUUAGCCAUGUGUGUGUCCAAGUUUUCCUGUGAGGACGGCAUCGCGCUACAGUAAUACCACCAGGCCUCCUCUUUAAGUCUUUAUGUCCCGUAGGUUCAAAUUUUAAGGCUUCAAAUGCUACUUAAGAGCAUCCCAAGACACUUCAUUUCACUCUGCGCUAUUGCUGCCCUGCUGGCUGUUUGUACCGGCCGCGGCUUAUAAACGCUCUUGUUAUUUAGUUAGCUUGAUUGGCUGGCCUUGUGGAUCUCAGGAAUCCUAUAUCUUCGCUGAUGUUGUAAUGCUUGGAGGAAGUAUCUUUAGUGAGAACAAGGCGAUGAUCAACUUGUUCGACCUGAGUACGGGGAUGGCCAACACCAAGGCACUCUCUGACAGAGCUCACAGAGAAGAUUCUCCAGUUCGUAGAGGCCGGACAGAUAUCAAGAGAACCGUUGAUCCUGCUAAAGUUUGUAUAGAGGAUAAACUGGAGACAAGUAAUAGGAGUUCUUUAAGCAGCAAAUCAGAUGCAUCACCCAUGAAGAAGCUACUAGCAAAUGAGAUAGCCAAAGAAGUGGAAUCAAAGAGGAAACCGCCGAGUGUUGUUGCCAGGUUGAUGGGGCUUGAAGAUGAUCUACCUGCUCAAGAACAGGCAUUACAUUCUCCCAAAAGAAAUUUGAGGAGAAGUCAUUCACAUGAUAAUUAUGCAGCAACAAAGAAGGCCCUGCAGCAGCAAGAGCUGCGCCUCUACAACAAAACAACACGGGGCAAACACACAGGCCCCAAUGAAACAGUAGAAUUUAAGGAUGUGUAUGCAGUCUGUGAAGAACCAUUAAGAACACAUCAUCUUCAGGAUCAAACUUCUUCAGGAGUGAGGUCUUCACAAAACAAGAGAGACGAAAGGAUAGAAGUUGUUCGACAAAAGUUCAUACAAGCAAAACGUCUUGCCACAGAUGAAAAUUUCCUUCAUUCAAAGGAGUUUCACGAAGCCCUGGAGGUUCUAAGUUCAAAUAAGGAUCUGUUUCUAAAGUUCCUUGAAGAACCAAGCUCUGUUUUCUCGAACCCGCUCUAUGGACAACACACAAUGCCUGCAUCACCUCAGACAAAGCGCAUUACUGUCUUGAAACCAUUUAAAUCUCCUGAGAAUAAAGGGGCAAGAGAAAGCAGAACACACGGAGUUGAUGAAGAAAAUGACUUUGUAAUGGGAAAGUCUCACAAGAGAUCUCAUUCAGCAGAAGAUGCCUUCUCGAAGCCAAACAGGAUAGUGGUCCUAAAGCCAAGUCCUGGGAAACCUAACAGAGCACAUGCCAGGCUAACUCCCAGAUCAUCUCCAUUUGAACUGAUUCAGCGGACAGCCUUUCUUGGUGAUUUACAGGAUGGUACAUCCACCCUAGGAUGUACAGAAGUAUCGGGUGCUUCGGCUCAAUACCUGCCAGAAGAUCGACGGCGGCGGGAUGAGUCUCUACUGUCUUCUGUAUACUCAAAUGGGUAUAAUGGAGAUGAGAGCUCUUUAAGCAGGUCAGAAGGUGAUAACAUUGAUGAAGAUGGUGGUAGCCUAAGUGACUCGGAGGUAGUCAGUCCAGUGUCGCGGCAUUCAUGGGAUUAUAUCAAAAGAUAUAGCAGUACUUACUCAUCUUCAACUCAUAGCAGGGCAUCUCAUUCACAUUCAGCUGAGUCAUCUGUGAUCAAAGAAGCCAAAAGGCGACUUUCCGAGAGAUGGACAACGGUAGCAUGUGAUGAGAUCAGACAAGAAGUAAAGUUGCCAAGGACCUCAAGAACUCUGGGUGACAUGCUCUCCAUCAAAGAAACUGAGAAAGAGGAAACUGUUACUGUAAUAAACUCUGCUUCAAGUAGCCGGUCGUGUGGCACAAAAAAUGAGUUGGCCAUGCAAGCUAGUUCCGUAUCUACAUUAAGAGAGGAUGAAACCGGGGAGAGCUCUCCAAGAAAUUUAGCGAGAUCAAAAUCUCUCCCGGUGUCAUCAGCAAUGUUUGAUAACAUGGUGGUGUCUGCAAAUUCUGAAGGCUGUGAAACACCGAAGGUGGAUACAAGGCAAGGUAAAGGAAAAUUAUCAUUCAAGGGGAAAGUAUCAAGUUUUUUCUUCCCUAGAAGUAAAAGGCUGGCAGAGGAGAAAACUACCGUUCCUUCUGAUAGCGGUGAGAAGGUUCAAGUCACUUUUCUUGACGACAAGCGAUCAGAGACCAAUAGUGACCUUCAAUUUGAUGAGCAAAUAGCAUUUUGCAAGGACAAAGCUGACAAUUCCACCAUACAAACAAAUUGUUCUUUAAAUCAGGAGGAUGUUGGUUCCAUGGAAGCACCUGUGUCUUCUGACUGCCCUAGUGGAUAUACUGAUGAACCCGUAUCAAACGGUGGCCUAAAAUGCAUGCGUGAUCAGCCUAGUCCUACUUCAGUUCUGGAUGCAUCAUUUGAAGCUAGCAACACUAAUGAACCUGAAUCAUCAAGUAGUACCAGUGCCUGCAAUGAGAGAGCUGCCUUACGAUCUCGUGCAAUUGAGUCUGUUCCCCGCUCGUUAUCAUGCAAGGACACAUACUCACAUUCGCCAUUACACAUGCAUCAUCUGAAUUCCUCAAAUGCAGAGGAUAAUGAAUCAGAAUGUUAUGCCCUUGUACAGAAGAUACUAUCAUCUGCUGGAUUAGACAACCUACAAGUGAGUAUGGUUUUCACAGGUUGGCAUUUGGCCGAUUGCCCUCUUGAUCCCGCACUGUGUGAUAAGUUCCUGGACCGCAAGGAGGAGGCUGCUAAAUCGAGGGAGCGUAGGUCAAACCAAAAGCUUCUCUUCGAUUGUGUAAACAUGGCAUUGGUUGAGACUGGCCAGGAAGCCUUGCUAAGAACCUACCCAUGGGGUAAAGCAUGCUUCGGAGCACGGAGCGAGGCAUUGUCUCAAGAUUUAGGGGAAGAAGUAUGGAGCCAUGUGAGGGAUUGGCUGUACAGGGCGGAGAGGCUCGCGGCCAAUGAGUGUAGUGAUGCUGCAAUGAUGCUGGAAAGAAUCGUGCAUCAAGAGGUGGAAGGAGGAGGCUGGGUGAAAUCAGCGAGGUCGGAAGCGGAUGAGAUGACGAAACAGAUUGCAGAUGGCCUGUUGGUGGAGCUAGUCGGAGAAGCUGUGGCGGAUCUCGCAGUUUGUUUUCCACAGCAAGAUCUCGCAGUGCCAAUGCCAAUGCCAAAUCUGUAGGAAGCAACUGCUCUGUGUGUGAUGCUGUUAUCAUAGGAGAAGUGGUCUUAAAUUUGUUGUGCUGAGAGAAACCUUCAGCAUCUUCAUACUACUAGCUUGUAACCCAAGUCCACGUAGUUGCUUCUGCAUAUACCUGUAGCGCACCACAGAUUGUACUACAACUCUUUUGGUCAAACCAUGUCAACUGUGCAGCCCUGCACAAGCCAUCUGGAGCAACUAGUUUUUCCUUUUAACUGUCACAAUAGCAUAUUGUACUGUUACCAGCUCCAGCAGCAUGUGGUUUCAGUAUACUCUUUAACUCUCUGUUACUACAAAGAAAGGAAAUUUUUUGCAAGACC